GAUACACCACCGGAAGUGAACAGCGCCAUCUGCGAUAUUACAUAGUGCGAUUUAAGUUUUCUUCAAGCUUUACGGUGAGACACAACCGGAAGUGCAGCAGGGGCUAGCAGCGUUAGCAUAGUUAGCUGAUCGUGUGUUUGUCGUGGUUUAUUUGUGUGUGUGUGUGUGAGAGGUGAAUGUUUGAGUGUGUGCAGCAACAAUGUCUUCAGUUCAGUCUCUGAGAGAGUUUAUCAGCGAGCGACUAACUGCUGCUGCUGAAGAAAUAUUCACAGAGUUUGAAAAAACCAUCGUCCGGUACGAGGAAGAGAUCGAUCGUCAGCGCAGACUGCUGGACAUCAGCUGGAAACCUCACACACACCUGCACACAACAGAACUCCCGCAGCAUUUUGUCUGGAGACGUGAGGAGCUGGAAGUUCUCACUGAGCAGCAGCUCAGGAACCACAAGAUGAACUCUGGAUUGGACCAUGAGGAACCACAACCUCCAGCAGAAGAUCAUCAACCACAGAAAACAGAAGACCAGGAGGAACCCAAACUUUUACAGCAGGAGGAACAGGAGGAGCCUGAACCUCUAGAGGAAGAACCAGACCUUCCAGAGAUAAAAGAGGAACAGGAGGAACUCCGCAUCAGUCUGAAUGAAGAGCAGUUUGGUGUGAAGCUGGCAGAUGAGACAUUCAUGGUGACUGUUGUCUGUGAGAAAAAAGUUCACUGGGAACCAGAAUCAAACUGGGAACUACUCCUUCAGAACUCUCCUGAAGCUGAGAACCAAGAUCAGGAGAAAAGCAGGACUGAAGAUCCUGGAUCCAGCAGAGAAGAGGAGCUGAAACAGAACGAGAGACGUCCUCAAACCAGAGAACAUGGAGACGAUGUGGACAGUCCACAACUUAAGAGACACAAAAAAAGUCACACAGAACUUAUGCAGAAUUACACCUGGAUAGAAGAGGAGGUUCUCAUUGAGUCGCAGAUCAAGAACCAGGAGAGGAACUUUGGUUUGGACCAGGAGGAUCCACAACCUCCAGCAGGAGAUGGACAACCUCGGAAAAGUGAAAACAAGGAGGCACCACUUGUAAAGAUUAAAGAGGACCUGGAGGAACCAGCACUUCCACAGACGAAAGAAGAACAGGAGGAACCAGAACCUCCCCAAAUGAAAAAGGAAAAGGAGGAACCAGAACCUCCACAAACAAAAGGGGAACAGGAGGAACCAGAACCUCCACAGAUGAAAGAGGAACAGAAGGAACCAGAACCUCUACAAAUGAAAGGGCAACUGGAGGUACCAGAACCUCCACAGAUGAAAGAGGAACAGGAGGAACUCUGUUUCACUCAGGAUGAGGAGCAUCAAGUUUUGAAGCUGGAGGAUGAGACCGUCAUGGUGACAGUUGACUUUGACGAAAGAGUCCACUGUGGAUCAGAACCAAACUUGGACCACCUUCCUUCACAGAACUUUCCUCAUACUGAGAACCAAGACCAGGAAGAUGCAGGAACAUCUGUAGACGGAGACCUGAACCUCAAGAACCGACCUGACAGAAGCCAAAGUAGUGAUGUGAAAAACUUUUCUGGAAAUCUGUUCAAUUCUGAGGCUGAAAGGAAACCUGUAAAAUGUGAUGUUUGUGGAAAAGGCUUUAGGGAUAAUCAUCAAAUGAAGGAGCAUAGAAGAAUCCACACUGGUGAGAAGCCCUUUACAUGUCAAACAUGUGGGAAAUGUUUUUCUUUUAAAAGUCGUUUAACGACUCAUACAAGGACCCACACUGGUGAAAAGCCCCAUAUGUGUGAAACUUGUGGAAAAAGUUUCUCCUCAAAAAGUCACUUAACGAGUCAUACAAGGACCCACACUGGUGAGAAGCCCUUUAUUUGUGAAACAUGUGGAAAAACAUUCAGCGAGCGUAAAAAUCUAGUGAUUCACUUAAGAGUUCACACUGGUGAGAAGCCUUUUUCUUGUAAAACCUGUGGCAAAGGCUUUUCUGGCAAUUCUCUUUUAAAAGCUCAUGCAAGAACUCACACCAGUGAGAAGCCCUAUUCAUGCAAAACAUGUGGUAAAUGUUUUGCUGAACGUGGUCGAAUAGUGGUCCACAUGAGAAGUCACACUGGUGAGAAGCCAUACAUGUGCAAAGUAUGUGGUAAACGUGUAACUCGACAUAAAACUUUAGCAGGUCACAUGAGACUUCACACUGGUGAGAAGCCCUUUUUGUGUAAAAUAUGUGGCAAAUGCUUCACUCUAAGGAGAAGUCUGAACAUUCACAUGAAAACACACACUGGUGAGAAGGCCUUUUCCUGUAAAUCCUGUGGCAAAUGCUUCUUAUUGAAUUCUAAUUUAACAGCCCAUUUGAGAACUCACACUGGUGAGAAGCCCUUUUCCUGUGAGGUAUGUGGCAAGUGCUACUCUCAGAAGAGCAAUCUGAUCAACCACACUAGAACUCAUACUGGCGAGAAGCCCUUUUCCUGUGAGAUAUGUGGCAAGUGCUACUCUCAGAAAGGCAAUCUGAUCUACCACACUAGAACUCACACUGGUGAGAAGCCCUUUUCCUGUGAGAUAUGUGGCAAGUGCUACUCUCAGAAGAGCAGUCUGCUCAGCCACACUCGAACUCACACUAGUGAGAAGUCAUUUUCCUGUGAGAUAUGUGGUAAAAGCUUCAGGAGUAAAUAUAGGAUGGAGAUUCAUCGAAGAGUCCACACUGGUGAGAAGCCCUAUGCCUGCACAACCUGCCAGAAAACGUACAAAAGUAGAGACUACUUGUUGAACCACAUGAGAACUCACACUGGUGAGAGUCCCUACACCUGCAAAACAUGUGGUAAAUGUUUCUCCCAAUCUAGUCAUUUAACGUCUCACCUGAGGACUCACACUGGUGAGAAGCCCUUCUCCUGCAUGCCAGCUCUGAGGCAGCAGCAGCUGAAAGUCCUGCAAAUGGCAGAGUCCACCCCCGGAAGUGCCUUUUUCAGGAUGGGCUCCUACUCCCUUCUCUGUAUCUCCAUCAGAGAAACGCAGCUCACCGUUGGUCGGUGUAAGGGCACACUCUACCAGGAGCAGCUCUGCUUCCUGGGCAGCCUUGAGAGGGGUUUCACUGGAAGCGAUAUGUGCUUCUGCAUCAUGUUCUGCAAUGUCAACAUGGCUGCCUCUCAUCCUCUGGGCCAGGUCCUUCUGCAAGGGUUCCCUGGGCCUCCCAGUGAGAUGACCGCCAGAACUUCUCUGUCACUCAGAAUCCUUGCAUUCCGCGAGAAGAUUCUGUAG